AAACAGCAGAGGGCGCAAUAUAAAAACAUUGUCAACUGAAAUUUUUGCCGCUAAAUCAAUUAUAGCAAAUUUCUUGAAUUUAUCAAUUAAUUUAACAUCAAAAAAUACAAAAAUCAACCAAAAUGGAGCAAAAUUUAUCGACUGUUCAACUGAAUCUGAAUAGAGUCAACGAGAAUGCAUUAGUUUCAACUAAAAUCGCAAUGGAAGCAACUCCACGAAAAAUACCUUUUAGAGAUAAUACAAAUAAAACAUCUGAGUUACAAAAAUCAGCCGUGAAGUCUAAAAGUACAUCAGAUUUUGCGUCACCUCAGAAAAAACAGUUGGCGCUAGAUGACUUAGAUGACUUUGGUGUUGACUUUGAGUUUCCAAGUGAUAAAGAUUGCUUCUGCUGCGGUAAAGAUCAUCGUUCUCUUGGUGAAAUAUGGGGCGAAGGGUUGGCACUAAGCGAGGAAUUUUUGGAUCGAAUGGCGUCAAUGGACGAUAAAAUUCCUUAUGACGAUGAAGACAGAUCAGUGAGCCCAGAACCUGAGAUUAAGUUUCUAGACAUUAUUGAGUCAGAUGUUGAAUCAGUACAUGAAAUGAAAAUUCCUUUUGAUGAAUCUCUUUACACAACUGCUGUUGAUUUUGAUGAUGGUUGUUUAGAUGUAUCUAAACAUCAAGCAUCUGAUGUCAAUUCAAGUUUGGUUAUUCCUGAAAUGGAUUUGGAAUCUAAUAAUGGCGAUAGUUUAGAUUCAUCUUUAGAUUCCAGUUUGGUUAUUCCUGAAAUGGAUUUGGAAUCUGAUAAUGGUGAUAGUUUAGAUUCAUCUUUAGAUUCCAGUUUUGAAAUUCCUGAAAUCAAUUUCGAAUCGGAUUAUGAAGAUAACUCGAUUAUCUCUCAUUGGUAAAUUCAACGGCAGCAACGCACAUCUAAAAAGUAAUUUUAUCUCAUAAAUCAGAAAUAAGCGGUGAUAAAACUAUUCUUGAUUCAUGAUUUCAUAUUUCAUAUACGUUUCUUUCAUAAUAUUUAAUAUCCAUGUGUAUAGUUUGUCUUUCUAUUUUCUUCUUGCUACAAAGAGCAGAUUUAUUCAUAAUCCUAUCAUUAAUUAUAAUUCUUUUUAUUAUUUAUGAACGUGUCAUGCACUUAAGGCCUGAAAAUGCUUUGAAAAAAUAUUAAUAAACGACACAGAUAAAGUCAAGUAAAAUGUUGUUGAUGUAGAUAAGAAAAGUUAAAUUUAAUUAUUAUUCAGAGUCAAGUCAACUUUGUAAUAAAUUUAAUGAAACAAUAAAAGAAGUCAAGGAAUAUUCGUUUUCAAAGAAAGUUUUCCUUAAAUUAUGUAAAAAAGAAUUAUUACAAAACAUUUAAAUGUUCAACAGAAAGAUGAACGAAGCACUUGAAACUUUGACAAUGCCAGAAAAUUGCGAAAAAUAAAA